ACCCAGAUCAAAAACCCUCAGAAAGGUCCUCCUUCUCACAAUUCCAAAGCUUCCUCUCCUCUAAUAAAAGAAUCCCAUUUGUCUUCAUUCUGAUAGCAGCAGUAUGGAAUCCUCAUCCUCUUCCCUUCCACUCAACGGUCGUGUAGCCAUAGUAACCGGAGCUUCCCGUGGCAUAGGCCAGGAUUGUGGAUGCUACCCCUUUAGGAAGAUUGGGUGAACCAAAUGAUAUCAGUGGGAUUGUGGGAUUCUUGGCAACUGAUGCUGGGGAAUGGAUCAAUGGGCAAGUAAUUAGGGUUAAUGGUGGAUCUGUUGUAUAAACAGCGGAAUUUUGAAUGAAUUUGAAAUUCCCCUUUGAUCUUGUUAAUGUUCCUUCCUUUUUUCCGUUUUUGUAAUGUUGUUCAAUCAAUAAAAGAAGAAUUUCUUC